CUGUUGUGUGUGUGUAUGUGUGCGUGUGCAUGUGUGUGUGUGUGUGCGUGUGUGUGUGUGUCUGUGUGAUGACAGAGAAGACAACAUGAGCGUUGUUGUGUGUUUAGCAUAUCAAUGGCGUCCAGGGCCCCGGCGACUGUUGCAGAAGCACUCUGAUCUUUCUAGUUCCUGUCGGCUCACCUCACCUUGCUGUAUUUAAGGGGCUUUCUUGUUGCGUCGCAGAGCUGACAUGAACAUCUUUACUAAGGUCCCAGGAUUAGCCCAACAAACAAGCAAGCUGGGGUCUGUGCUCCAACGUGCCUUCUACGGGUCCAGUGGGAGGGUGACCCUUUUCGAGCAGCGGAACUUCGCCGGAAGGCGGCUGGACCUGAGCUCCGACUGCGCCAGAAUCAGUGACAAGAACUUCCCAGAGAGAUGCAACUCUGUGCAGGUGGAGAGCGGAGCAUGGGUCGGUUACGAGCAUGAGAACUUCCGCGGGCGCCAGUACCUGUGGGACAUGUCCGAGCGGGGAGAGUACAACUGCUAUGACAAAUGGUGCGCCCAGGUGGACCACGUCUCCUCUGUUCGUGCUGUCAAACAGGACAACAACCCCGGCAGAGCUCAGCUGUUUGAGCGAACCGGCUUCUCUGGUAAAAAGAUGGAGAUCCAGGAUGACAUCCCCAACCUGAUGAGCCGCUACAGCCUCAACAGAGUCGCCUCCAUCCGCGUGCUCGGAGGAGCGUGGGCGGUGUAUCAGGAGCCCAACUACAGAGGACCUCAUUACAUCCUGGAGAAGCGGGAUUACAACAACUUCUCUGACUGGGGCAGCCAGAACAGCACCGUGGGCUCCAUGCGCAGAGUCCGCUUCACCUAAACACCACCUCUGAUCUACCGAGUCCUGUCAACAGGACUUCUUCACCGUCAAACACAUGGAACCUGUCAGCUUUACACACUAUAACACUUAUUUUGGUAAUAAACUGAAGAAAAA